AGUGUUUUUCUUCUUUUUGUACAAAACUGACAGAUGACAGGUGACAUCGUCAGCAGACGACAAAUAAUGUAACUAUUUACCGCUAGAGGGAUUUGCCGCAAAAUUUAAAAAAGGCGCAAAAUUUCUAACCUAACUUUAUCUUUCUGACGCACUUUGACAUGUCUGCGAUAAAAUCUGAUAAUAAAAUUAAUGAAAUUUAAAGAAUCAAAUAAAUAUUUCAAUUUUAUCGUACAUCAUGAUGGAGGAUACAUUUUUGGAUGAAGGCCUUGGGGAUCAUUUUGAGAAAGCAACAUUAGAAAUGAAAAAAGAAAACGAAACGGCUAGUGGUACAAAACAAAGUAUAGAAACGACAAGUGGAUUGACAAAUUCUUCGGAAGUGAAAGAUGUUUCAAAUAUACCUUUCAGAAUAAUAGAUGUUCAUAAUUAUUUCUCAGACCGAGCAGAGGUUAUUGAAAGAGCUUUAAAAGAUUGUCAAAAGGAACUUAUUCAUAAUGAAGAGACACUUAUAGGAACCUGGCUUUUAACAGAAAUAAGUUUAUGGGAUACUGAAAAAGAAAGACUUGUUUUGCUAACGAAAAAUUUUCUCUUUUCUAUAAAAUACGAUCUCAUAUCUUUGAAAAUUUUGGAAUUUAACAAAGUACCUGUAUUGGAUAUUGAUACGCUUAUUGCUGGUGAUUUAAUUUAUCCAUCAAAAUCACUUUUACCAAGAUUGAAUGGGUUGGCAGAAGGAUUUUCUUCCGUGAUUAGCUACGCUAUUCGUCAAGAUUGGUCGUCUUCUUUAUUCGGCUUAACUCGAUUUGAGUCUAGAAAUCGCAAUAUGUUUGGCCUAAGAAUAAUGUGGAAUAAAGGACAACCGCUUCAAUUGAACAAAAAGUGGAAUCCAUUCGCAAAAAAUAUUCCCUGGCUCACUUAUACCAGUCAUCCUCUUUAUUGGCAUAAAGGAUCAGAAACUGAUAAAACGAGAUAUGACGUAAAAGGAUUACAUGAAGCUCUACAAUCAUUGAUUCCAGAACACAGCAGUAAAUUAAAUAGACCGAUCAUCGUUGAAAAUUAUAUAGGUAUUGGCUCUCUAAUUCAUAAUAGAAAUUCUUUAGGAUUCUUCAAAAUUCGUGGUAAAGUUAGCUUUUGAUUUGGCAAAUUUAAAUACUUUGAUGAACUUUCUAAUAAUUUUUUUUUUUUAGACAAUUUUUGAUAAAUUCCCAAUAAUUUUGAAAAGAUUUUUCAAAUUUUACAUAUUUCUCUAAAUAAUUAUUAAGCCAUCUUUCUGCAAUAAUUGUAAAUAGUAACGGUGAAUCUUCAUGAUUAUAAAAAAAAAAAAAAAACCGGUUUUUGUUCAUCUUCAACGAACAUUUAAAUGAUCAAAUCAUGCGUCGCAUAAUCAAAUAAAUCUAGUCGUUAAUAAUCAUUUUCGAUAAGUGGUAAAGAAAAAAAGAGAGAGAAAAAAAAGAGAAUUUUUUUCUAUUCGCGAAAAGGUAUAUUGUGAAUAGAUAAAUUUUUUUACCUGAGAAACUUUAUACUUAUUGUGAAAACCUAAUAACAAUUCUAAAUAGACAUUUUUAAAAUUUUAGAAUUUAACACAUAUUAUAUACUUUAAAAUAAUAAUGAAAAAGUUCUUCCUCACAUAA